AUGCCCGUCAACAAGGGAAGGGGCCCUACAAGAAAGCGGCUGAGUACGCGCCGGAGUUUUGAUCCCAUCCCGCUCCCUGUAUCCAAAGACACCGCCACCCUACAGGAGCGACGAUUUAUGAGUGGCAAGCCUAAACGACCAACUAGGUGGCGAGGGCCGAAAAAUGUGGAUGCCACUCUGACAACAUGGAUGGAACACCCAGCGCCCGCCGUAAAGUCGCAGGCGGUGGUGCGAUCAACACAGAAACGGGCACAAAAGCCAGAGAACCAGCAAGCAAAGCCGCAAAGCGUUGAACUCAGAUUUUCAUUCUCAGUACCACCUGAUGAGCCUUCAGCCCGCAGAGGUCGUGAAGAAGCAUUCACCCAAAGCUUCUCCGGACUUACUAUGACUGGCAGCGCAAACCGGUCCGUCUCUGCACAUCCACCUCAAACCAGGGCAUCACCAUCUCAGGAACCGCGCCGGCAUUCAGAGUCCACCUCGCAAGCACCCCAGCUAGCAAAACCAAAGAAGAAGCGAGAAGGCUACGGCUUCAGCUACUCUGAAACCUUCAUGUGCGACUCAGAUGACUACCCAGACACCGAAUGCGACUGGGAUUCUGAUGAACAGCAUCCAUCGGACCAAGACACUGGCUACUCUGCGCAACCCAGCCCCUGUAUCAACUGGAACGGAACAGAGCAAACCCCACGGCCGACUUCCAGUGAUUCAACAUCGACAAUCGAAGACCAGUCGUUCAACGAUCUCGUAGUUUUGCGUGACGUCGGAUCCUUCCAUCUCGCGCGUCCCCAGCGCGUUCUACCGUGUACACGUGCCACUCGAGAAGACACACUGUGCCUCAAAGUCCAUGCCAAAGCGCUUGUAGCCCGAUUCGAGGAAUCCAGUGACAUCCAAGCGCAACUGCUAACUCGCAUGGAGCGCAUGAUGUACGCUGAGCAGCAACGCCGUAACUCGCCCGGUGGAGCCAAUUCCAUGGCCAAGUGUGCACUCAAGCUACGCGAUUUCCUGCUCAAGGUGAAGGAAGAGAGGGUUGAGACGGGCGAGCAUGUCACGAUUGUUGAGCAUGAGAUUGAGUGGGCGGAGUGGUUGGUUGAGGCUAGUCGGACGGGCGUCAUGCAUGUCCGGAGUGAGGGGUGCACGUGCCGUCCGGAUUGGGAUCCAGAGUGA